CCAUCUUUUCUCCCUCCUACAAAAAAGGACUUCAUGCUAAUAAACCUAACAUUUUCUCUCUCCCCACUAAACUUUUAUGCCCUUUUGUCCGUUUCAUUUCUGAAUCCAAAGCAAUGGCUUCUAGUGCAUGGCGCAAGCUCAAAAAAGCCCUCAAGUCAAAGCUCUCUUUUCUCUCCAACUCCACCCGUACCCCGAUCCCCACCCCCACCAAUCCCACAACCUUCACCACCGAAAAUGCCCGCUUCACCACCGCCACUCCACCACCAGUCCCAACAUCAUCAUCUUCUUCGUUCAGUGCUCGUCUCUCUCGUAGCUUCAGUCUCCACUCUUCUUCUAAAAAAUGUGCCAUUUGCUUGAGGAGUCUGAGAAAAGGGCAAGGCCAAGCCAUCUUCUAUGCUGAGUGUUCUCACCCUUUCCACUUCAAUUGCAUUGCUGACAAUACCAAGCAUGGAAAUCUCAAAUGUCCUAUUUGCCGUUCAAAAUGGAAAGAUGUGCCUUUUCAAGCGCCAAGAAAUGCCCCCAAUUUUCAACGUGCCGGUUCAUUGCAUGCUCAUGUAUCUCCUUACAAUGUUCCACCAGUUCAAAUUGAGGCGGAACACUUCUCAGAUGAUGAAGUACUCUCAGAUGUCUCUCCAGAUCAAUCCCUUUCGUCUCGACCCCAUGCUAUAACUGUGAAGACUUUUACAGAAUAUCCUGCUGUUUCUGCGUCAGAAUCCUUCUCCAACUUUGGUGUUCUUGUCCGUAUUCUCGCACCACCACUUGAUAAUACUCUCCCUCAUCACCGUGCGCGUGCACCAAUUGAUGUUGUAACCGUGUUGGAUGUUAGCGGUAGCAUGGCAAGCAAGCUGAUACUUCUCAAGCGUGCGGUCAACUUUAUCAUACAAAACUUAGGCCCUUCUGAUCGACUUUCGAUCGUGACUUUCUCUUCAUCAGCUCGAAGAAUGUUACCACUUAGGAGAAUGUCUGGAAGUGGCCGUGAAGAUGCCACAAGCGUUGUCGACUCUAUUUCUGCAAUUGGUGGAACUAAUAUCGUUGCAGGGCUCAAGAAAGGGGUUCAGGUUCUUGAAGAACGGCGUCAACAUAAUUCAGUUGCAACCAUUAUCCUCUUAUCUGAUGGCUGUGAUACACAAAGUCACAAUGCGCAGAAUAGAUUGGAUUAUCUAAAGUUCCUACCUACUUCAAUCUUUCCUAACAAUAAUACAUCUAGAGAGGAGUCUAAGCAGCCAACUUUCCCAGUUUACACAUUUGGGUUUGGAUCGGAUCAUGAUUCUGCUGCAAUGCAUGCUAUAUCUGAUGCAUCCCGCGGCACAUUUUCCUUCAUUGAGUCAAUUAACAUUUUACAAGAUGCUUUUGCAAGAUGCAUUGGUGGUCUUAUAAGUAUUGUGGCUCGGGACGUUCAACUCAAAGUUAGGUCAGCAUCACCAGGAGUGCAAAUUCUGUCAACACCUUCUGGGAGACACAAGAAUAAGAUUUUUGACCAAGGACACCAAGCUGUGAUUGAUAUUGGAGACUUGUAUGCAGAAGAGGAGAAGGAAUUUUUGGUGUUCCUCUCAAUUCCUGUAUCCUCAGCUGUUGAUGGUGAGGAAAGAUUGGAAAACACAUCAUUGGUGGAAGUUUCGUGCUUCCACAAAGGUUCGGUGUCAGUGGAUACAGUCCAGGUAGAAGGUGAGAGAGUUGAGAUUCGACGACCUCCAACUUUAUCUCCAAUUGAUCGGGUGCUGUGUUUGGAGGUUGAUAGGCAAAGAAAUCGUUUGCUAGUGACAGAAACUAUUGCCAAGACACAAAGGAUGGCUGAAAUGGGAGAUUUAAAGGGUGCACAGGCCCUGCUGGCAAAGCAACUAUCCACUCUUCUAACUACAGCUUCUUCCCAAGCAGGAGAUGAUCUAUGUAAUCAGCUCGAAGCUGAGCUGAAAGAAACUAGGGAGAGAAUGGAAACUAGGGAGUUAUAUGAACGGUCGGGGCGCGCAUAUGUUCUCUCGGGAAUGAGUUCUCAUUCAUGGCAAAGGGCUGCAACUAGGGGUCACUCCACAACAAUUCUAUCACAAGGUGGGAACUCAGAUACAAGUUUUACCACUAGCUAUGAAACACCAUCUAUGACUAGCAUGGUAUUGAAGUCACAGAUUCUCAACUUAGCACCCAGAGAGUAGCUUUGGCACCCACAACUUAACAAAGCCUUCCAGCUUGAAUGAUCAGCAUUGAUUUGCAUCUACUACUAACACGAGGAAGAAACUCUCUGGCAGGUUAAUGAAAUCAAUUUAGGGAUUUGAACUCUAAUUUUCUUUUUAUCAUUAUUAUUGUUGUUGUUUGGUUUAUCAUUGUAUGGAUUGGAUUGGAAUUUGUACAUGAUUUAUUGCUUCGUUAGUUUUUGUUUGAAUCGGAUAAUGGAGUACAGGAUAAGUUAUGUUUGGUUGAACAAAACCACGUUGUUUUGACAUUAUUUUUUGCGAAUGCACGAGAUUUUGUAAUCCAA